UGUAUGCACCUAUUGGCAAGUCUGUGCCACCAGAGUAUAUACCUUGGAAUCCGUAGAGAAACAUCAACAUCCCCAUGCAUCCUUUUUUUCCAAGAGCCCAUCAACUGGUUUUUUUUUUUUACUCUAUUUUUUAAGUAUUUCUACGGUAAAUAUGUGGUGUGUGAAGGUGACCAGCAUUUGUGUGUAUUUUGCGUCUGAUAUGUGAAGAAGGUUAUCCGAGGAUUCAUUAGAGCUUUCCGCUUCACCCCGACCCACCCCUCCGCUCCGCGCGUCGCGAUAGAUCGCGGUCGCGCAAGGGGACCGAGUGCUAGAGCUUAGUCUCUCAUCAGCUAUUCAAACAAACAAAAAUUGCCACGCACCGGAGAUCAGAGAGUGACCCUGAUCCGUCCUGUUUUUUGCUCAUAUUUGAUGCCUUUUACAUUAUAUUUUUCCUUUUUGAGUCACGACCUGUCUAGAUGGAAUGACUUUAGCCAGGAGUGAGAGAGAAUGGGCCAUUCUCGUGAACGAAUAUAACAUUUGCAAGAAGAAAUUAAACAGUAAAAGAGAGGCUCUGAAGAUUCUGACAAGUGACUUGGAACUGUGCCAAAGGGAGAGGGACAUUUAUAAAACAAAGAUUAAACAAUUGUUAAAAGAGGUUGAGGAUUACAAGCGUAAAGAAAGAGAACAGCUAGUUCCAAAAUCAAGUCCUUCAACGCCUGUUAAAAAGAGAGGAGCAUCAUUUUCUGGCCACAGUGUGUGGGAACAAGAGCUUCAAAAUGUCAGAGAGAGGAAACAAAAGACCCUAUCCCAGCUAUUGUGUGAAUCACGCGGGGAAAACAAAGCUCUGAAAAAAGACUUUGCUGAGUUGCGUCAACUGUACAAUGAUGCUCAGGAAGAUAUCCAGAUCCUGCGUGAAGCACUGGCCAAAGAAAAGAACUGCAGCAGUAAAAUAAAAGAUGGUACAGAUGGUAUAGAUCCACGUCAGGAUCUCAUUUCUGAGCUGGAAAAGAGCCAGGAGAAGGUUUGAUGAGAAUGUACAACUAUUUACAGCCACAUACAAAUGUAACUCCCCUAGCCCAUGUUUUCAUUGGCCAAUAUUAAUUAACAAAUGGUAAACGCCAUAGCGUGCACUAUUGAGUUAUGGAUGCACU